AUGCCCCGUGUGCGACAUGCGACAUCAGAAAAUACACAUGCGACAACUCAGCGUCUGAAUGCGACAUUAUCACCUUUCGACUCCAACAAAUCAACCCUCGACAUGAUCAAGAUCCCUGGUUCCGUCAUUGACCAAGCCAGUUUUACCAUUGCAAAUCGAUUUUAA